AUGCUUGCAGCGUCGUCGGAGGGCAUGAGAAGGUUGGAUCCGAUCUACGCUUUCUCUUCAUCGGUCGUGAUUGUUAUUCUGGGACUCAAGGCGGCCUCCAAGGCCAACAACCUCGACGUCGCCUCGACCCUCCUCUCGCAGCUCAAGGUCCUCCUCACCAAGUUCCCCAGCCUCCCCCCGCUGUUCCAGCAGACGCCCAACGCCGUGGAGGAGCUCAAGCUUGCGAGGGAAAUUUAUGAGCAGGCAGUUAUUUUGAGUGUGAAAAUGGAAGACCAAGAUGCAUUUGAAAGGGACUUCUGCCAGCUCAAGCCGUAUUACAUGGACACAUGUUGGCAGAUUAAGUUAAACGAGAAGGGAUACGAUUACCUGUCAAUAAACGACGCGAAGCAGAUGUUUAUGUUCAGCUCCGACAAGGAACUGCAGCAGUACAUCGCAGAGGAGCACCCCGAGUGGGACGUCAAGGGCGGCCGGGUCUUGCUCCAGAAGGCGAAGGAGUCGCAGCCCUGCAAGGAGAUCCCGGCGGCGCCGGUCAUCAACCAGACCCUCGGCUACGCGAGGGAGCUGGAGAGGAUUGUGUGAUUUGUUUGCCUCUUUUUUCCUUCAUCUUUGGACUGAAUUUCCCAUGAAGAGGUGGAUUGUUGGAUUGCCCUGUGACCCGGCUGUACUAUUUUGUUAAAUCGUUUGUUUCACCCACGGUUUCCAAA